AUGGCAGACAAAGUGGACGAGCCUAGGGCCACACCUUCGGUGGAUGACCACCCUAAGGAUGUGGUCACAAGCUCUUCUGCUCAGUCGUUGAACUCAGAAGAAGCCGACAAGAUUCGGUCACGAGUCCUGGCCACAGAGAAGACUCUCUUGCCCAGUGGCUACUUUUGGAGCCCUAAGAUGAUUGGUAGUUUGGCAGGAACUGGAAUCAUCGUCUGCGCAACCUACUUCCAGUUCCAAGCCACUGCUGCUGUCCUUGGUACUGCCAUCGCUCAAGACAUUGGUCCGAGUCUUAAUACUGCUCUGGUACCGACUGUGUGGACUAUCUCGCAGCCCAUCUCAUUGCUUCUGUUCGGUCGUCUCUCUGAUCGCUUCGGUCGUAGAGGCUUUGCCCUUGCCUCAUGCGCUCUUGCCAUAAUUGGUGGUAUUGUCGCUGCGACGGCUCAGUCUAUUGAGACGCUCAUCGGGGCUCAGGUCCUUAUGGGUAUCGCGUCUGGUGUCCCGGCAUCGUACCCUCUGUUGGCAGGCGAACUUAUGAGCAACAAGGACAAGUACAUCGGAACUGCUGCCGUUGUCGUGCCCAAUGUUAUCGCAACCGGUUUUGGAGCCUACAUUGGCUUGAGACUAGCCAUUGUAGCUAACUGGCGAUGGAUCUAUUAUAUUUUCAUCAUCAUGAUGGUACCUGGCGCACUCCUCUGGACCAUCUUUUAUCAUCCUCCGUCAUACGUCCAACUACAUGGAAAGAAGUCCAGCAAAGUUGAUGAGAUCAAGAAGGUUGACUUCGUCGGAGUUUUCUUCCUCGUGGCCGGCCUCACACUUUUCUUGCUCGGUAUAUCUUGGGGCGGCCCCGCGCAGCCCUGGGAUUCGCCCAAGAUUGUAGGACUCUUGGUCUCAGGAGCUGUCGCAACCAUCGCUUUCAUCCUCUACGAAGUCUUUCUUACGCCGGCUCAGCCCAUCAUUCCCAUGCGCUUCUUCCGUGACCUUCGUGGCUUUUCGUGCCUUGAGGUUAUCUCCGCGACGUAUGGGGUGAUGAAUAUCGCGCUCUUCAUCAUCUGGCCACAGCAGAUUGCCAACAUUUUUGGAUCUACUGUCAGCUCGUGGGAGGAAUCUGCUUGGUUAUCCACCACGGCGGCAUUCGGACUCUGGGGCGGUAUCGUGAUUUUUGGCCCGCUCAUGCACUUUAUCGGGCACAUCCGAUACCAGAUUCUGGUGAGCAGUAUCUGGAUGACUGCCUUCAUGGGUGCUAUGGCAAGUAUCAGUCUCGAGAAGAAAAGCGAAGCCAUUGCGUUCAGUUUCUUGGCUGGACUGACAAUCGGUUGGGGAGAAGUCAUUGCUGCCAUCCUGGUGCAGUACGUUGUCUCUGACCAGGACCUUGGUGUAGCAUUCUCUGUCAUAUCCGCCUCCCGCACGAUCUUCGGCUCUAUCUUUACCGCUGCCUUCACCGCUGUCUAUACCAACAAGGUCCCCGGAUACCUCGCCUCCAUUGUGCCCUCAGCCGUGACCUCCGCCGGUUUGCCCUCCGAUUCUGUGCCAGAGCUCAUGACCGCCAUCGGCGCAGGUACGCAGGCCGCUCUGCUCAACGUCACCGACAUGAGCCCUGAGAUCCUCCGAGCCACCAACGUUGCCGUCUCGACCGCAUACUCCAAAUCCUACGCUUACGUGUACUACUUUGCCGUUGCGCUUGGCGGCCUUGCUAUAAUUGCUAGCAUCUGCCUCCGCGACUUCGACCAGUACUUGACUGAGCAUGUGAGCCGCCAGUUGUACCACAGGGGCGAGGUCAAUGAGGAUCCGCUGGAGAAAGUGGAUGUAAAGGUCUUGAGGGGAACAGAACUUGGAUGA